AUGUCUGGUAUGGACGCGAUAGCAGGGGGACCAGUAACAAGGAGCUCAUCCCGUCAAACUCCUCUCCUCCGCCGCUGCGAAAGAGGACGGAAAUCAACCGCUAGCUUAAAUGCAAACCUUCGUGUUUGCGGAACCCAGCAGCGAGGUGAUACUCUUUCAGUGACCACCUUCUGCUCUGAGUCAUGGGAAUGGAAGUUCAGUUCUCUUGGGGUUCGGCCUUUGUCAGUUGAAUUACCAUUUCUACCUUCCACUGCACCCUAUAUUGGCGUCAGUAAUGCUCAUUCUACGUCCCUUGCUGGGAAGCUAUUUUGGAAGACUACAGGAGCCCAAGUUGCUGUUUACGAUCCUUUCAGCGAUCAAAGACUGCCAUUCAAAUUGAUUGAUUGUUCUCAUUUAUGGUCAAAUGAUAUUGCUAACAACAAUUUCUUGAUUGGGGUUUCUCAAGGCUAUUUGCGUGGGAUGGUGUUUCCACGCCCAGGUCGAGUUCACAGUAAAGGAUUCUUCCAUUGUUGGAAACUGGAAGAGGACAAGAGCGUGGUGGGCGGCUAUAGAUGGAGUUUUGAUUAUAAUGUGUCCAUGCGAAUGGUAUACAACAUUAUUGUCCCACAACUUAAAUUGAACAAGAUAGGAGGAAGGAGGAGGAUGCGGUUGGGGGUAUUGGGGGUUCAUCCCAGCAAGCCAGAGGUCAUCUAUUUUGAGUGUCAUGAUCAUAGUAAAAAGCAUAAUCAUGAUCCUUUCUUCUUCGACUUCCGCCAUCACUUCAGAGUUAAUGAUGGGAGCCUAAAACCUGAUCACAACUAUGAUCCUAUUUAUGUUGUCCCCUUUGAUGUGGUUAGGCAUAAGGUAGUUGGAGAGAUUAUACCAAUUGCUGAAAGUAAUGAGACCCAUCUUAGAUUUAAAAUGUGGGGCAUGUUUGGAGUAGAUGAUCCAAUCGGCUGGGCUGUGUUCCAGCCUGCGAUUCCUUUCUGGCCAACUCCAAUUCCGGUUCCAGGUGACACAAUUGGUUUGGAGGCAAUGCUGAGUGAUGCUGCACUGUUGCUGUAA